AUGACCGCUACAGGCCCGUCCAAUUUCGGCCCUUUAACCACAAUCUUCAGCGCGCCGAACUCCUGUUUCCACGAAAAAUGGGUUCGGCAUAAUACGCAACGCAACGGCACGGUCUUGCGCUGGGGUGUGGGCUGUGAUUCCGGGACGGUGGACUUUGAUUCGAAUUGUUUUCCAUCUGGGUGGACGGGGUCGAACGCCAGUGCUUUGAGCUAUAAGGGGUUCUCGCCUGGUUUGGCUUGUCCGUAUGGUUUCACCGGCGCUGCGUCUGCGAGCCAUAUUGAGAAAAGUGAUCGGUUUGUUUUGUCAGAGUAUAUCACGGAUUUGGGGAAGCAUGAUAUUGCUACUGCUUGUUGUCCGACUGGCUACAUCUACAAUGGCCAGUGGUGCGAAAGCCAAACCCUCAUCUUCUCCUCGAAAGCCUCCCUCCUUACAACAUCCGGCUCCAAAUGCAUCGAAACAACAGCCUACAGCUACUUCCAAUCAAUCGGCUCAAAGGCAACAACCGGCGCAGCAACCUUCCAAGCCUACCCCAUCAUAAUUGUCCAAGACUCGCGCUCCUCGACCUCCCUCCCAAGAUCCACCUCCUACCCAAGUGACUCAGAGAGUUUCUCGACUGGCGCCAAGAUCGCGGUUGGCGUCUGCGUCCCUGUCGGUAUUAUCAUUCUUGCAGCUAUCUUGUUCAUUUGGUGGCAUCGAAGACGAACGCGUGCGAAGAGAGCUUCUGCCGAUGAGGGUACUCAUUCGGGUGCUGGCCCUGGGUCUUAUGAUCCGUAUAGUGGGAAGCCGGAGUUGGAUGCGAAUGCAGAGGCUAGUCCGUAUACCGGGAAGCAGGAACUUGAUGCACAGGAUCAGGUUGUGGUUGGGGGUCAUGCUCUGGCCGAGUUGCCUGUGUUGCAUAGUUCGGUGCCGCAGGCUGAAUUACCAGAGCAUAAGAGACCGGAUACGCCACAGGCGGAGCUACCGGGGGAUUAUGGGGUUGCUACUGCUCCUGUGCAGAAAGAUAGUCGGGAGAUUGGACCAGAUAUUAGGAUAAAUGGGGUAGAACAGAGUGAAGGGGGUGGGAGUAGAGGUGGCGGGGAUAGCCCGUCUCAUGAUAGGUCGGGCGGGACUUCAUGA